AUUCAAGGUAAACAGAAGCCGACCUCCGUAGCGCAGUCGGAUGCACACCGGCUUACGGUGCGAGAGGUUCUGGGUUCGAGUCCCGGGUAAGGAAUGGGUGUUAAUUUACAUUAAGAAAUUUGAUUGCUACGAUAUGAUAAAGUUUCGAAUAAGGACACAUUACCCUAUGGCCGUGGGUUACAGGCUGUAGGCCACUCAACAAUAAUAAUAAAAAAAGGGCGAACAGAGCACGUAGAACGCAAGAAAUGUCUUGAUCGUUAAAAGAUCAAGAAGGUUGUGCGAGUAAAACGUAGAUGUUUAUUGUUUUCAUAAUAAAAUUUUGUUUGACUGUCAAAACUAAAAACUGAUUAUCGCGAAGUAGUUAUUGACUUGUGAAGAUUGCUGAAAUGUGUUGUAUUAGAAUUUAAAAGCUAAGUGUAGAGUAUUCUUCCUUUCAAAAUGAUGCAACAAUAUAUGAAAGAGAUGGAACAGGAGCCAUUCGACCCGGAGGAGUUUGUGGAGCGACUGGCGUGGCGGACUCUGGAGGGCACCAGGGAGGAUGGGGUGGGGCAGUUUGACGCUGUUCUGCUGCACGACACAUUCCUGCAGGCCAUCAAGGACCUGCAGCUGCUCCAGGAGCGCCAACAGAAGAAGUGUGAGCGACUGGAGAUUAUGUGUCGUGAGGAGGAGAACGGCCAUUGGCAGAAGAUCUCCCAGCUGCAGGAUAGAAACAAGUACUCGGCGAGCAUGUUCCAAGAGCUGGACGAGCGCAUCAACUACGUGGCGGCCAAGGUGAUCCACCUGGGGGACCAGCUGGAGAGCGUCAACACCCCGCGCUCCCGCGCCGUCGAGGCUCAGAAGCUCAUGAACUACUUUGCAGAGUUCCUCAGCCCGGGGCCACUGCUGGCCGAGGUCUUCACGGACAAGCGCCAGAUUGAUGAAGCAGCCGACAUUAUCCAGAAACUGCACCUCAUAGCGCAGGAACUGCCGUCUGGAAAGUUUGAGAAAGCAAAAAGGAAGAUAGCCAUGAAGUACGACGAGAUUGAACGCUCGUUGAUAGAGGAGUUUGUGAAGGCCCACCGCUCGGACGACAAGAGUCGCAUGAAGGAGAUUGCGAGCAUCUUGUCACACUUUAAGGGCUACUCGCAGUGUGUGGAUGCCUUCAUUGAACAAAGCCAAAUGGGAGUAUUCACGGGUAAAGAUGUAUUCAAGGAUGUGAUUCCCUUGUGCGAGAAAAAUUUUUCUGUGAUGAAGGAAGUGUUCAGCAACCCCGAGCAAGUGAUGGGCAAGUACGUCCUCAACAUCUACCACCUCAAACUGCAGAAGUUCAUAGAGAGCAGCCUGUCGGACCGGAGUGACGCAGACAGAUACCUGCGGAGCCUGUAUGACCUGUACUCGAGGACGGUGAACUUGUCAAGUGAACUAUCUCGCUUUGAUAUGGGGAAUGACAACACGUACUUGAGCAAGCUUACCAGAAACAUUUUUCACAAGUACUUGGACUCGUACAUCAGUGUUGAGAUAAAGUGCCUGAAAGAGAAGAGUGUCGCAAUCUUACAGAAGUACUAUGAAUCCAAGAACCACCAGAAGAAACAGCUUCACACUGGCGGGUUCCAGGACCUGCGGCGAGACUUGCAGGCAGUGAUUGGCACGCGGGCCAACCUCAACAUCGUGCAGAUAGAGAACUACGGAGGAGAGACCUUCCUGUCCGAGGAGGUGGCCAUAGCACUGCUGCAGGAGAGCAAGAUGGCGUUCAAGCGCUGCCAGUUGCUGUCGGGGCAGUCGGACCUGCCCGGCAACGCCCUGCAGCUGCUGGAGGUGCUGCUGCACCACCUGGUGGUGGAGCACCUGGACUACGCCCUGGAGCUGGGUCUACAGGGCGUGCCCGUCCCGGAGGGCAGGGUCCCGCCCCAGCUGCACUUCUUCCACGUGGCGCGCCAGUGCAACGCCAUCGUGCACCUGCUCGACAAGCAGUUCGGCGACAGCCUCGUGCCGCUCGUCGCGUCCACGCCCAAGCACGGCGACUGCCUGCAGAAGAAGAAGUACCUGCUGGAGCAGAUCGAGUUCAAGUUGGACACGGGAUUAGACAGGUCCAUAAAUGCUGUAGUCGGUUGGGUUAAGAUAUACCUCCAGUUGGAGCAAAAGAAGACUGACUUCAAGCCAGAGACAGACACUGACACAUUGGCAUCUCCGGCGUGCCUGGCGGUGGUGCAGCACAUGGGCGCGACGGUGGAGCGUGUGCGGGAGAGCCUGGACGGGAAGAACGUGGAGUCUCUGAUGACGGAGCUGGGCGUGCGCUUCCACCGCGUCGUCUACGAGCACCUGCAGCAGUUCCAGUACAACUCCGCAGGAGCGAUGUGUGUGAUCUGCGACGUCAACGAGUACCGCAAGUGCGUGAAGGAGUUCAAGGUUCCGCUGGUGAAUGUGUUGUUCGACACGCUGCACGCCUUGUGCAACCUGCUGUUGGUGAAGCCGGAGAACCUGAAGCAGGUGUGCACUGGAGACCAGCUGUCGGGGCUGGACCGCUCCAUCCUCCUGAACUUCAUCCAGCUACGUGCGGACUACAAGACCCAGAAGCUGGCCAACUCUCUGAAAGGCCUGGCAUCGUGAGAAUGUCACAUCUGUGUUCUGCUCAUUGGAUACUUAAGCUUAAUAAUUGUUUCAAAAAACUAUGUUUUACUGUACAGAAAGGUAUUGAAAUACAUUGUUAUUUAAUUCUACUCCCUUUUGCAAUAUAAAUUCAAACCAGAUUAUGAUGAAAGAAUAAAGUAAAACUAUUCAAAGGGUGGAGUGCAAGAGAAAAGAACCGGAAGACAGUUCCAAGACAUUGCGUAUUGCAGUGAAAACAUGUAAUCAAUAUAUCAAAGAAAAAUAAAUACUGCCAUGCAGAGUAAAACACAUAA